GACGGUACUUGUACCUCCAAAAUGUCAAGUAGCGGGUCCUAUCCGAAGAGCUGCGGCUGAGACCUCAGCCUCCACGUUACUUCCACACACUACCCCGCGUCUCACUCAUCUGAAAGCAACAUCAAAACCACACCGUCAAUCAACAACGCCAAGAACAUCAGCAUGCAUGUAAAAGCCAUCGGAGCAAACAUACAGUAUGUAUACUGCGGAAACGUGGCGUCAGAUUACUUCCCCUCCAUGUCGAAAUUCCCUCAGCCGCUCGCUUGAAAGCGCGCCUGACUGCAUCCCGCACCACCAUUUUCGUCUCGGCAGGCUCGACCCGCCUCCACUAAACCGCGCAAGUGGUGAGACCUGACGAGACAGCAACGGCGACGUCGAAAUUGAUUUCUCACGACGUGGCAUUGGGGCAAUGCUGGUAUACGAGUAUCACGAGCUUCUCAUAUGAGGCUGGAUGGGGAGGCAGAAAUGGGUAUAAGAGAGGGUGGUUCUGGGUGGAAUGCAAGAAUAUCUCAUAGCAUCACAACAACUCAUCUACAAGAAUAACAUCUUCUUCACAUCUCCAUACUUCAAUACCUCACUUCACCACCACCCCCUCCUUACAACACCCAAACCAACCCAAACCAACCCACUACACAACAUGAAGCCCUCAACCAUCCUCGCUACUCUCACCACCUUUGCCGCCACCACGCUCGCCGCGCCCUCCCUCCCCCGCGACGCCCCCGUAGUCUUCAAAGUCCAACUCUCAAACGACCAAAGCGGCAAAAACGCAAACGUCGACAUCAUUCCCAACACGGGCGCCAAAACCUUCGACCAACUCUUCGGCUCCGCUUUUGGCAACCCUGUCCUCGCUACCUCGCUGCAGGCCGUUACCCCCGGCGCGGGUGGCAACAAUGUGCGCUGCGUGGUACGCAACCCGGCUGUUUACGGGGAUAUCUAUCUGAAUGCUUGGAACACUUUUGUGGAUUUGGAUGUGACGAGUGAGGCUAGGCCGAUGGAUGUUACGGCGUUUACUAUUGAGUGUAGUUUGUAGAUGGGUAUGAGGGAGUUUGGAGGGGUGAGCGGGUUGAUGGAUGAGGCUGUGAGAGGUUAUCCUAGGACGGUCCUUUUUUGUGGGUAUUGGGCAUAGCGAGUUGGAGUACUUGUCUUUCUUAAAGAUUGUCCGAGUUUCUGCAUGUACACAUUCAUUUAUCGUGGACGAUGGGGAUUAUUAGACAGUAUUGGUAGUUCAUAAUGCCACUCUUUUGUGGGUUUGAAA